AGCAAAUUUUCAGGAAUCCAUUACAGAUACUUUGCGCUCGCUGUUGGGUGGAAGUUUGGUGUUGUGUGGGGAGUCGUCUCGUCGAUCCGUCAGUCAGUCUGUGCUUUGAAGUGGUGAAUGAGUGAGAAAAAUCCAUCCUCGUCCGCGCCUCGGAACCCAUUCGAAAGUUAUCAUUUCCCGGAGCAACACCACAAACAGAAUUCAGUGCCGUGCCGUGGCCUCGUCUCCGGAAAUAUUCGUCCCGAUCUGCUGGACGGAAAACCCAGCCCUUCAGUUCCGGAUUUCGUCGGUUACGCAAAGGAACAUUUCGGUCCGAUUGCUCGUCGCGAAGUGAUCAGUUUUUCUUCUAGUGAAGUGCAGUUUUUCAAGUGAAGGAAACCUAGAUUCGGGUGAAACCUGAAGGAAUUCGUGAGUGAAUUCUCUACCGUAAGAAGUUUAUAGUGAAAUUCCGUAAAUUUGAACAAAACGUGACGACAGAACAAAACGUGGCCACAGCGGGGUUCAACGCGGCCAAAAGGGGGGACGGUGGUACGACCAUCAGCAGGAGCAGCACCAUGAAGGAACAAGCCUCGACAGAGGUGGAUAAGGCCAGUAAGGCCAACCGCCCGAGCCAGCUGUUGACCAACGACGAGAACGAGCAGCUUUUCGAUCUGCUGGGGAAACGGUGUCAGACCCAAUGCACCGCCGUGGUUCAGCUUUACAUGACGCAAUCGCCCGCACAUGCUUCCUGGAUGAAAAAAUGGACCGGGGCGUUGUGCUUCAUCAAGGACAACAUCCGGAAGUCGUACUUUUUUCGCCUAUACUGCCUUAAAGCCAACCGAAUGGUUUGGGAACAGGAGAUCUACAACGGAAUAGAGGUCACCAAGCCCAGGCCGUUUCUGAUGGUGUUCGAAGGCCAGGAAGGAAUCGUGGCGUUUAACUUUGCCACGGAUGACGAGGCGACUGCAUUCAUGAACACGACCAUCUCAACGAUAUCCAACAGAAACCGGCGAAGAGAUGAACGCCUCAAACGGAACAGCACCCGCAAAGAUCCACCUCCAGCGCGGCCACCGCCGGUGUCUAACCAAAAAGAGGACAACACCGUCACACUACGCCACAAACCAACGUUUUCCGCACCGACGAUUCCCAACACCGCCGUGCAGCCCCAGGCGUAUCAGCAGCAGCAGCAGUCCCACCACCAUCACCGUUCGGCGGCCAAAAACAAGGGUAAGCCCCGCCUACGCAAGGAGGACAUUGGCAUGCCGUCGAACUUCAAGCACGUAACGCACGUCGGCUGGAGUCCGACCAGUGGUUUCGAUCUUAGCGGCGAGGAGGAAACACUGAAACCGUUCCUCGAGAAGGCGGGCGUGCGGGACCAGCAUUUGAAGGAUCGCGAAACGCGCGAAUUCAUCUACGACUUCAUUCAGAACUAUAAGGUGGUGGAUGCGAUGAAGUCGGAGCAGAGCGGCACUCGGAAGCAGAAGCACCCUGCGCCGCCCCCGGUCCCCGUUCGGAGUCAACAGGAGUCACAGCCCCUAGUAAAUGGCAAUACGCAGCAACGGAACCCGCCGCCUCCGCCACCCAACAGGACAUUGCCACCGCUGCCGGCCACAACCCCACCAAAGGUGAACCAAGCGCCCUCACGACCACCUCCCAUGCUGCCUGUUGCUCCGGCAGCACCCACUCCGGGACCACCCCCACCGCCGCCGCCUCCACCUGCCUCUUCUUCCGGUGCCGUUCCGCCGCCGCCCCCUCCGAUGAUGAUGACGCCGGGAUCGGUGAAAGCACAAGCCCCUGCCGCGCCCUUACCAGUCGUUGACGAUGGCCGGUCGGCACUGCUGGACAGCAUUCGCAAGGGAACAACCCUUAAGAAAGUGGACCAAGGUGCGCUGAGUACCGGCAGCGGAGGCGAUCCGCGAUCGGACCUCAUGUCCCAGAUCCGGGACGGGACGGUGCUGCGGCCGGUCGGCGAUCGUGAACCCAAUGCGGACCGCAGCAGCGGAAGCGCAGGAAGCGGCGAGGUAGGAACCGACGCCCUGGCGGAUGCCCUCCGAAGGGCACUGGCCGAGCGGGGUCGCGUCAUCCGGUCCAGCGAUGAGGACGAUAGCGAUUCCAAUUCGGCCAAUGACGAUUGGGACGACUAAUAAGCGUGAUGACCACGAUGAUGAGGGGUAAGUUUUUAGGAAGCGAUACGAGUCAACUACGCUAACGCGGUGCCAAAUGAAGCAAACGGGGAGGAGGUAGAAACAGGUUACCGAGAGAGAGAGACAGAGGAAAGAAGAUUUAGUGAUAUCCCGAGAACAGGAGAUCGGUAAUUGCACAGUUUAUAGGAAUUAGUGUAGUCAUACGAGAGCACAUGCCUUCUUUUUUUUUUAAUUUGUAAUUAUUGUUUUCUUUCCCCUACAGUAUGUAACAAACUGCCUUUUUGAAUGUGUAUUUAUAGGUAAAAAGUAGAUAAUUAUGUUGUAGCUUUAUUCAAACUUUCUAACUGAGUGAGACUACAGUGAAGGGAAUACAAUGUUACACUUUUAAAUUUUGCUAUUUUGUUAGAACUGUUUCACGGAAAUCGAGGAGAGUCCUACUAGUCGCAAAAGGAAUCGGAGCAAAACAGACAAUCGUUGAUCUAUCGUGCUUUUGGGUUCAACAUGAUUCAAAACAGAUGAAUCACUAUUUUAUGUUUCACUUGGGGUUUAUAGAUUUACACUUUGGUCAAACUUUCGGGAUAUAAAUGGGAAAACGAAACUACGUGUGGUUUCUACCAGAUCACAGAAUCUUCUGCUGCUGGAUAUAUUUUCGAUUCGUUUCUUAUUGUGCAUUUAGACAAAAAUUGUCGGGAGGGCGCUGGCAAACUGGCAACUUUGCUUACUUCCGAUACUUUUUUUUGUUCAAAUCAUAUGAUUU